AUGUUCUCUGGCAGUUCGCAUGUAUCGAUCACGGAUGCGGCUGAUUACGAUUUCGAGAAUGCGGAAAAUGCGGCCAAAUGGAGGGGUUUGUUCAUCACCUCGCUGCGGAAGGUGUUGGAGCAGGUGCAUCCUUCGCUGCAGGCCCGGGAGGAUGCGUUGCAGUACGUCGAGAGCUUGUGCCUGCGAUUGUUAGCAACGUUGUGUGCGAAACCACCGCCACACACGGUUAUGGAUGUGGAGGAACGUAUCAGCCGUACCUUUCCGAACCCGAUCGAUAGGUGGGCACUGGGAGAGGCACGUGAAACGAUAGACAAGUCGAAGAAGAAAAAGCCGGUGCUACCAGUUGAUCGUGUGCAUACGCUACUGCAGAAGGAGGUGUUGCAGUACAAGAUCGACAGCUCCGUGUCGCUGUUCCUGGUGGCCGUUCUGGAAUACAUAUCCGCCGACAUUCUGAAGCUGGCUGGUUAUUAUGUGAAGAACAUUCGCCACAUCGAAAUCACCCGCGAAGACAUCGAGGUCGCCAUGUGCGCUGACAAGGUUCUGAUUGACAUGUUUUAUCAAGGCGAAAGCUCCAACUCGAUGGCUCCAAGCCCACUGCCUCCAACACCGCGUGCUAGCCUGAGCUAUGAGGAAGUCGUGAAAGAAUUAAUACACGACGAGAAACAGUAUCAACGCGAUCUACACAUGAUCAUCCGCGUAUUCCGUGAGGAAUUAGUUAAGAUAGUUAAAGAUCCGAAAGAGCUCGAUCUAAUAUUUUCCAACAUCAUAGACAUUUACGAAGUAUCGGUGACGUUAUUGGGAUCGCUUGAGGAUGUGAUAGAAAUGUCCCAGGAACAAACACCACCGUGUAUCGGUAGCUGUUUUGAAGAAUUGGCAGAAGCGGCUGAAUUUGAUGUGUACGCAAAGUAUGCAAAGGAUAUUACGUCGUUGACUGCAAAAGAAGCGUUAGCCAGUUUGUUAGCACGACCUGAGGUAGCCAGUUCAUUGAUGUCAGCUGGGCACGGUUUCAAGGAGGCGGUUAAAUUUUACCUGCCAAAACUACUAUUAGGGCCCAUCGGGCAUGCACAGUUAUAUUUGGAUUACAUUAAGGUUUUACUACAGCUGAGCCCCUCUCAGGAGGACAAAGAGAGCUUCGAGCAGGUGCAGGGUCUGCUGAAACCGCUCCAGUGCGAGUUGCAGAGCAUUUCUUCGCUGUUACCGAAGGAGUACUUUACCAGGGUAAAUAGCCGAGCGCGGAGGCAAUCGGCGAUUGAAAAAACGCGCGAUCUGCAGAACACUGUCGAGCAUUGGGACAAGGACGUUGGACAAUGUUGCAACGAGUUCAUCCGCGAGGAUACAUUGGCAAAGUUGAGCUCGGGCAAGCGGCAGACUGAGCGAAAGGUGUUCCUGUUCGACGGACUGCUGGUGUUGUGCAAGGCACGGCGUCAAAUCGUGCCGGGCAACAACUAUGACUACAGGCAGAAGGAGCGGUUCUUUAUGCGCAAGGUCGAGAUCAUCGAUCGGCCCGACACGGACGAGCUGAGGCACGCGUUCGAGAUCUCACCGAGGGAGCAGCAGAGCGUUGUACUUAUUACCAAGAGCGCCCAGCACAAAAACGACUGGAUGGCGGAUCUGAUAAUGCUGAAUACAAAGUCGAUGUUGGAGCGAAUCCUCGAUAGCAUCCUGUUGGAUAUCGAGAAGAAACACCCGCUGAAGCUGCCGAGCCCGGCGAUCUACAAGUUUGCGGUGCCGGACGGUCCAACAAACAUUGUGCUGGAGGAACGCGAGGGAACGGGCGUCCCACUGAUCAAGGGUGCGACUCUGUGCAAAUUGAUUGAACGACUGACGUAUCACAUAUACGCGGAUCCAAUGUUCGUGCGCACCUUUCUCACCACCUACCGGUCGUUUUGUUCGCCGAAGGAAUUGCUGCAGCUGUUGGUAGAGCGAUUUGACAUUCCGGAUCCGGCUAUCGUGUACGAUCCGGCCGCCGAGAAAGAGCAGACCGGUGACACCGAUAAGUUUCAUAAAAACUCGCAGCGAGAGGAUUGGAAGCGUUACAAGAAGGAGUACGUCCAACCGGUACAGUUUCGCGUGCUGAACGUGCUGCGUCACUGGGUCGAUCAUCACUUCUACGAUUUUGAGCGGGAUUCCGAGCUGCUAGAGUCGCUGGAAAGGUUUCUCGAAACCGUUCGUGGUAAAUCCAUGCGCAAAUGGGUCGAUUCGGUGAUGAAAAUUGUUCAGCGCAAGAACGAAAGUGAAGACAAUCACCGGCAGAUAACUUUUGCGUUUGGUCACAGUCCUCCGGCAAUCGAACAUCAUCUCCCGCUGAACAGUGAGAAUGAAUUUAAUCUACUGAUGUUGCAUCCGCUAGAACUAGCCCGACAGUUGACUUUGCUAGAGUUUGAAAUGUACAAGAAUGUCAAGCCAUCUGAACUGGUCGGUUCGGUGUGGACGGGAAAAGAUAAAGAAACAACUAGUCCUAACUUAUUAAAAAUAAUGCAUCACACUACAAACUUCACCCGCUGGGUCGAGAAAUCGAUUAUCGAGGCGGAAAACUUUGAGGAGCGCGUCGCGAUGGCUAGCCGAGCAAUCGAGGUGAUGAUGGUGCUGCAGGAUCUGAACAACUUCAACGGCGUGCUGUCGAUCGUAUCCGCCUUCCAAGGCGCGGCUGUACAUCGAUUAAAGCUGACGUUAGAGGAUAUUCCGAAGCGCCAUCAGCAGGUGCUGGGCGAGUGCCGGGAACUAAACAACUCGCACUUCAAAAAGUACCAAGAGAAAUUGCGCUCGAUCAAUCCUCCCUGUGUGCCAUUUUUCGGAAUGUAUCUCACCAACAUCCUGCACAUCGAGGAAGGAAAUCCAGACUUCCUGCCUAGCACCGAGUUGAUCAACUUCUCCAAGAGAAGGCGAGUGGCUGAAAUUACUGGUGAAAUACAGCAAUAUCAGAAUCAACCAUACUGUUUAAAAGUCGAUCCUAACAUAAGGCAUUUUCUAGAGAAUUUAGAUCCUUUUAAAGGACUGAGCAUUACAGAAAUUCAAAACUAUCUGUACGAGGAAAGCAAAAGGAUAGAGCCGAAAAAUUGUCGUCAGCCUCUGAAAUUCUCCCGUAAAUGGCCGGACAUUCCAUUGAAAUCGCCUGGCAUUAAGCCAUCGUCGAGGCGCAACAACAGUUCCGCCAACUCUUCGAUGACCCUACCCGGAACAUUACCAUACAGUAAGACGCCCUUGCUGACGAACAGUGAUACGGGCGAGCAGUCACCACCGGCUUCGUCAUCGUCAUCCGUACACGACUAUUCCAUCUUUGCCUCGGUCAACAUACACUCCUCCUCGUCUGGCACAUCCUCGCUAUCAUCACAUUACUAUCAGCAACAGCAGCAACAUCUCCAACAGCAGCAGCAGCAACAGCAACAGCAUCAGCAACAAUGCUUUCAACAGUUCCAGCAGCAACAUCACUACCCCGGGUCAUACCACGGCCAUCAAGGGGCUGCCGGGAGUAGUUCCGGUUCUUCCCAGCACUCACAUCACGGCACGCAUCAUCCACACCAGCAGCAGCACUUGUAUCAUCAUCAUCAUCCGCAUCAUUACCACCCGAGCUUGUCGCAGUCGAUAGCGAACCUAACGACCGCCGGCGGGGAUAGUCAAAUGGCUCCGGAGAUACCGCGCCGCUCGGAUAGUAUUAUACUGACCAGCACUAACCAUCUGCUCGCUGGCAGCUGCCUAUCUGAGAGCAGUGGUAGCUACAACGGUAGCAAACUGUUGCCAAGUCCCCGCUAUCCAUCCGUCUCUAUGAUGACGCUCUCUUCAUCGUCGUCCUCAUCAAUGGGGAUUCCUGCCGGCAGCGGAGGAGGAAUGGGAGUCGGUGCUUCCACCUACUCCAUCGGCGGCAGCUUGUACAGUGGAUCCGGCAGUGACGCAUCGGGCUACGGAACGGCUAGCUCGGUAACGUCAUCGUCGGCAGCUAGUAUUGUCUCAAUAUCGCACAACGACGGGGGCACAUCGCAGCAACAAUCGACCUCCAUGGGAGCUGCACAUCCCGAUGCACCGCCGGCGAUAAGUCCACGAACCGACAAGCCGCCGCAACCGUUGCAUCCUCCCCCUCCGGCACCGCAACAUUUGGGAUCGAGUCCAGGAGCAAGUGGAGCGCAUCCGAACAGCACCAGCAGCAACAGUAGCACGAACAGCAGCAACAGCACGGGUACGGUGCUUGCUAACACAACGACCGUGACGACAUCCAUCGCCAACAGUACUAGUAGUAACUUUAGACAUAGUACAUCCAAUUCUAUCAAAAAUCAAAACUGUGAUUUCACGUACACCAUCCCAGGCACUAGCGGUGUCUCGUCUAGUGCCGCCAGUAGCAGCACCAGCGUGCUUCCACCAACCGGUUCCAGUGGCCGACCACCGUCCUGUGAACAUUCGCCCGUCUUUCCUUCCAGUCCGAAAAUUCAGCUACAGCAUAAUCAUCCUCCCGCGGGUACGGGUUUGUCCUACCAGCAGCAACAUCACCAUCAUAACCACGCUUCCCAGCUGCAUCAGCACCAUCAUAGCAUCGAUAGCGGGCUCGAUGGUGGGACCAUCUCGCAGCCACAUGCGGCGCAGCACAACAGCAACAGUACUGCUUCACCUUCAGCCAGCAGCCAAUCGUGUUACCAUUGCACCGGAAGUGGUGGGACUGUGGCAGGCGAUGGCAUUGGUUUGCCAAAUAACACCGACUUUGGUCCCAUUCCGAUCUCACCGCACGUCAACGUACCAAAUACGCACAAUGUCCUACCAGCCAUGCCGCCUCCACUACCUCCUAGGGUUAAACGAAAAGAAUCUUCCACGGAAUCGUCCCAGAUGUCACAAGUACGGCAGGCACCAGAUGCUCCAACGCUACCACCGAGAGACGUCAGUCCACCGCCGUUGCCGCCCCGGAUUCACGCACAGUCAGUUUACCAUUUCGGUGUGGCCAGUCAGGGUGGUGCGACGUUUAUUAUACACCAUAACUACACCCAGAGCCCUGUAGCGUGUGGAGCGGAUAACUGCGCCAGUGCCGGUGGAUUUCCAGCGGACGCGUCCAAUUGGAACCAUUCCUCAUUCCACGCGAAGGAUGAAUCGACGUCUUCGUCUUCCUCGUCGUCGACACUGACGAGGGGCAAUUUGCAUCAGCACGGCACGGGUGGACCGACGGCGAGUAGCAGCAACAGCAACAGCGUGGAACAGCGCUUGUUAAUGCUUCCACACACCAGCACGAUCAUGAUGCGCCGUAAUUCGGCCAUGGAUCGAGCGGCGAAGGAAAACAUUCCCAACUUGGCCACCUCGAGCUCGUUGUCCGGUUUGUCUACGAUCGCAGCCGUUGUCGGGGCGGGUUCUGGAAAUGCCGGCGUCGGCACGAGUGGCAGUGCCGCAAGUGUGAAUUCGAGCGGUACAGGCGGCCCAUCAUCAAUCGGUAGUGGUGGCAGUACGGUAGGCAGUAGCCCGUCGGCCAUGAAGAAUAAAUCGAUCCAAAACUCACCUAGCGCGGGUCAGCAGCAAGCGAAUGUCCUUUGCCGAAGGGCAAGCACCAACAUCUCGCCUCGCUUUUCUCCUGGAGAAACGACACCGAAAUUACCCCCUAAACCGAAGCAGAACAAUAUAGGUUCAGACCGCACGAUGUUUCCUUACCCCAGCACAAAUUGACCAAACGGUGGUCCUACUUUUGGGCGAUAAGUUACGCGUUAUCCAUGCGCCAUCCUAGGCACGGUAGCAUUAA